AUGGCGGCUCUGGUGGUGGUCUUCUCUCCCCUGCCGCGGCUUCGCGCUCUCCUUCAGCGUUGCUGGGGGCGGCUGGAGCGCGGCCUCUUGCCGGGUUUCUCCGGGGGCCAGAGUCCGCCCUGGGGACCGGCACUGGCUGUCCAAGCUCCAGAUUUUCUUCCAGAGCCAGUAAGGGACACUACAGAAAGUAACGAGGCACCCGGCCUCUUAGAUAGCAUCUUGUGGAUGGCGGCGCCAAAGAAAAGGCGCACCAUUGAAGUGAACCGCUGCAGGCGAAGAAAUCCCAAUAAGCUUAUAAAACUAAAGAGGAACAUAGAUGUCUGUCCUGAGUGUGGAAACUUGAAACAGAAACAUGUCCUUUGUGGCUAUUGUUACGCAAAGGUGAAAGCAGAAACUCGACUGAUACGGAGGGAAAUACAUAAAAAGGAAGGAGGACCAUUUAAUGCUCCAACUGUAGAGACAGUCAUCCUCUAUGAUGGAGAAAAGCCCACAGAAAAAGAUGAAGGCAAGCGGAUCAUUGAAAGAGCCAGGAAGCGCCCGUCUUGGUUUGUUCAAAAUUGA